GAAUGCGAAUCCCGACGGUCUCCUAGCAACGCGAGGAGGGGGUCAAGUGACACAACCAGCUGACUGCGGUAGAAGAAGACGCUGUGGGUGGGUCUGUGGCAACCACGACUGCCCGACCGGGAACCGAAGCCGAACAGUCAUCGUCAGAAUGUCGGGCAAAGACCGAAUUGAAAUCUUUCCCUCGCGAAUGGCGCAGACCAUCAUGAAGGCUCGAUUAAAAGGAGCACAGACAGGUCGAAACCUCCUGAAGAAAAAAUCUGAUGCCCUAACUCUUCGAUUUCGACAGAUCCUAAAGAAGAUCAUAGAGACUAAAAUGUUGAUGGGUGAAGUGAUGAGAGAAGCUGCCUUUUCACUUGCUGAGGCCAAGUUCACAGCAGGGGACUUCAGCACCACAGUUAUCCAAAAUGUGAAUAAAGCCCAAGUGAAGAUUCGAGCAAAGAAAGAUAAUGUAGCAGGUGUUACCUUGCCAAUAUUUGAACAUUACCAUGAAGGAACUGACAGUUAUGAACUGACUGGUUUAGCCAGAGGUGGGGAACAACUGGCUAAAUUAAAGAGGAACUAUGCCAAAGCAGUGGAGCUACUGGUGGAACUCGCCUCGCUGCAGACUUCCUUUGUUACUUUGGAUGAAGCUAUUAAGAUAACCAACAGGCGUGUAAAUGCCAUUGAACAUGUCAUCAUUCCCAGGAUUGAACGCACCCUUGCUUAUAUCAUUGCAGAGCUGGAUGAGAGAGAGCGAGAAGAAUUCUAUAGGUUAAAGAAAAUACAGGAGAAGAAAAAGAUUCUCAAGGAAAAAACUGAGAGGGAAUUGGAGAAACGGAAGGUAGCUGGAGAGGUGACGGAGCCUGCCAAUCUUCUGGCUGAAGAGAAGGAUGAGGAUCUUCUGUUUGAGUAAUCUUGCCUGCUCUGGUUCUUCUUGCCUGCUCUCGUUCUGUUCUUUCAGAAGUCCUGACGUGACAUCAUUUUAGUUCAGUGUGUAGGUUUGGUUCGUGUGGUUGUUUAUUUUUUGGUCUAAUUUCACUGGUUGUAAAACUUCUCUGGAUGUCCAUUUAUGGGUUACUUUUGCAGAAUCCUAAUUUACCAACCAUUGAUCACAGAUGAGAUUUAGAGAACCUGCCUAGGAAAUUGUAGAAUUUAUUCUGCAGAAGUGUCACCCUACCCCAAUUAUAAAUGGUUACAAGUGAUCGGCUUACCAAGCAUAUUAGGAAAUUCCCCUUAGGAACCACAGUGGUCUCAGGCCAAUACAAGGAGGCCAGCUACUGUAGGAACAACCCUCCAUUCCUACCCACCCACACCCCUGGCGCUGCUGUCUGACAUAGCUGCAGCCAUCCUGUGUUUCUGUGGUACUUCUCCAGCUCUAGGAAAGCCUUCCCUUAAUUUACCUUGCAUGACAGGUCUCUGUUUGUUCUCUCUGUCAUGGAACAGUUGUGCCAAUUUGCAUGUGACUGUGGUAUAAACAGUAAAAUGAUUAAAAAGAAAUUAAGGAAACAGAACUUAAUAUCUGUGCCGGUAGGGAGUAUUCCUCUAUGGUGAAGAAUAAGUUAAAAGAUGUGUGUGUUUCACCCAGAGGUUCCAAUGGACUGACUUCUGGCACAAAUGUAAAGACAGGAUGGUCGUUAGAUAUGCUGAAACCUUAAAUGGCAGAGGAUAUAAAUAAAGCAAAAAAA